UUGUCUAUGUCUAUGGCGGCUGCAGUGGUGGGGACCCCGGAGGUCCCUCGGGAAUGCGGCUGCAAGGGCAUCCGGACCUGCCUGAUCUGCGAGGGGCAGGGCAGGGGUGACCCUCCCUGGCAGAAUGCCCCACAGAAAAAUCACCGUUUCAUAUACUCGGACAUAGGCUUGGCUGUGGGGGCUGAGAAGUCUGACUUUGAGGGCUGGGCCUUCCCCUUCUCCGGAGUGACGCUGAUCGAGGACUUCGUGACCCCUGAAGAAGAGGCCGAACUGGUGCAACUGAUGGACAGGGAUCCCUGGAGGCUCUCCCAGUCUGGUCGGAGGAAACAGGACUAUGGUCCCAAGGUCAACUUUAGAAAGCAGAAGCUGAAGACAGCGGGGUUCAGCGGGCUCCCCAGCUGCAGCCGGGACCUGGUGGGCCGCAUGGGCCUCUACCCAGCACUGGCAGAUUUCCAGCCAGUGGAACAGUGCAACCUGGACUACUGCCCCGAGCGUGGCUCGGCCAUUGACCCACAUCUGGAUGACACAUGGCUGUGGGGGGAGCGGCUGGUGAGCCUCAACCUGCUGUCCCCCACCAUGCUGACCUUCACCUGCGAGGCACCCAGCUCGCUGCUGCUGUCUCCAGCCCCAGCCGAAUCCAGUGAGGUGUGGGAGCCCAGCUUGAUGGCCACCAGCAGGUCCGUGGCCUGCCAGGACGUGGAGGUGGCUGUGGCCCUGCCCCGCCGCUCUCUGCUUGUGCUCAGUGGGGCCGCCCGUCACCAGUGGCACCAUGGGGUGCACCGCCGCCACGUGCAGGCCCGUCGCGUGAGCGUCACCUUCCGGGAGCUGGCAGCAGACUUCCUGCCGGGCGGCCCUCAGCAGGAGCUGGGCCAGGAGCUGCUGCAGGUUGCCUUGAGCUUCCAGGGGAGGCCCCUAUGACACCUCACCCAGGUCUCAGGACUGGAGGAGUAGCUGUGCCCCAGCUCUUCCCAGCCUCGCAGCUUCUGCAGUUGUUCACUGCCCUCAC